AUUUACGUCACCCACUAGCGCUGCUUUCAAAUUUGUCGAACUUCGUUGCGAAUAUGACACCAAAAAUGAAUUGUCUGACUGGUACAAGUUCAUCAGAGAAGCUGUACUGAAGUGAAUACCAGUAUGGAAGACAGAAUUGAGAAUUACCAGGUUCUGAACCUGUUGGGUAGAGGAGGGUUUGCCUGCGUGUAUCGAGCCAAGACAAUCAGCACUGGACAGGAGGUUGCUAUCAAAAUGAUUGAUAAAAAGUUGAUGCAAUCUAGUGGCAUGGCAACCAGAGUAAAGAAUGAAGUAGAAAUACACUGUCAACUGAAACACCCAUCCAUCCUUGAGCUUUACAGCUACUUUGAAGAUAACAACUAUGUGUACCUAGUCUUAGAGCUGGCUCAGAAUGGAGAACUCUUACGCUAUCUCAAGAAAAAGGCAAGAGUGUUCGGUGAAGAGGAAGCUCGUCAGUUCCUGGAGGAGAUUGUGAUAGGUCUGCUCUACCUACAUUCACACGGCAUCCUACAUAGGGAUCUAACGUUAGCAAACAUUCUGCUCACCAGAGAUAUGCACUGUAAAAUAGCAGACUUUGGAUUGGCGGCACAGCUCAAGCUUCCAGAGGAACAGCAUUACACGAUGUGUGGUACUCCCAACUACAUCUCACCUGAGAUAGCUACCAGGGGACCACAUGGACUCCAGUCUGAUGUAUGGUCUCUAGGGUGUAUGCUCUACACCUUCUUGACCGGUACCCCACCUUUUGAUACAGAGGCUGUUAAGACAACACUCAAUAAGGUGAUGUUAGCAGAGUACGUCAUGCCUACCCAUAUCUCCAUGGAAGCCAAGGACUUGAUCAAUAAGAUGUUAAGAAAGGAUCCUACAGAGAGGAUUGGUCUAUCAACGGUCCUGGAUCAUCCCUUCAUGGACAAGACUCGCUUCAAUGGAACCAAGAAUAGACCUCUCUCUAAGAGGCCAGUAGAAUCAUCACUGGACAGUGGUCUUGCUACCAUGGCAACCAUAUCCUCCUCCCACACAUCAAACCGUACCUCAUCCCGUAGCAGACCGAUGAGAGCCCUUCCAUUGUCAACACUUACACCGGUCAUCUCAGAGGGUGAGGGGUCAAGAGGUCAGGUCAAAGGUCAUCAUCAUGGAGACGGGAUUGGGUCAAGUUGGAAUCAGUAUGACAGGCAUCCACCCUCACCACCAGUGAGACAACGAGCCAAUCACAGUGCAGCCUUACAGUCAAGAAGUGAGCAAGCAGGAGAAACGCUAGAGUCCAGACCAUGGUUUUCAGGUGCUGCUCUAAAGCAGAAGGCAUCGAGCUCUCAGGACCUAAGGGUGACCAGCAGUGAUAGGACGCAACCUCCUGCAUCCUCCCAUACAUCCCAUACAUCACAGACCAGAGACUACAACCUAUCAACUAAACCUUCCAUGAGUGAUGGAAACAUGAAAGGGUUUGAUACGAAGCCUAGAGGGAUGUAUCAAUCUCAUGAACAAGACAUCCACAGAAGCCACGGACAUGUGUAUUAUGAUGAUGCUCAGGUGAAAAGAAGCGGGUCCUGGAAAUCACAAGAGUUCUUUGGACAGCAUGGUUCGAUCCUGAGAGAAAAGAGCAGAACAGAGACAUCGGGACACUAUGACAGAGUGGAUGAUGCAAAACACAGACUUUUCUCUGAAGCAGAUAUUGAUUCUGAUAGGAGACGGGAUCUCACAGUGAGAACUGACCAUGCAAUGGAUAAGUGUACAGACAAGAAACAAAGUGCCCAAUCCUCUGUAAGUGACCAUCCUAGCGUGCAUGGUAUGCAUGCUGCAUUACCAUCACCAGCAUCGUGUGCAGGAUUAUCCAGUAAGCAGGAUGGGGCGCUGCAUAAGGACAGCAAGGCUGCAGAAAAGAGUAGCCAUAGGCGGAGUCAAUCCAAGUCACAUGACCUAGACAAAGGUAGUGAUUGGACGCAGAGACAUACCCGCAAGCAUGAAAAGAGGGAAGGAGGAGGAGGAGGAGGGGGUAAGGGGGAGGGUGGAGCUGGUGUUCAGAGCUUAGCUCAUUUGACCCCUCCUCUCAAUGCUACAAGACUAAGACCGAUCAGGCAAAGAACAAGAAAUGCAGUGGUGAGCAUCAUGCUUGGAGGAGAGGUGUGUCUUGAGUUCUUGAAGACCAAAGAUGGACAGGACAGGGUGGUAGAAGUCUUGAGGAUAUCACAAGAUGGAAUGCAGGUCACCAUCUACCAGCCCAAUGGGGGUAAAGGUUUCCCCAUCAUGGAUGACCCUCCAUCCCCACCCCAAGACAGUGGUAUUACCAAACAUAGUUACCAUGAUCUACCGUCCAAGUACUGGAAGAAAUACCAGUAUGCGUCAAGAUUCAUCCAACUCGUCCGGUCUAAGACCCCCAAGGUCACCUUCUAUACACCACAUGCUAAGUGCAUGCUGAUGGAGAACGGUCCGACAGCGGACUGUGAGGCUUGCUUCUAUGAUGGAACUAAAAUUCAUGCCACCUCAGCAGAACUGGAUGUUACUGAGAGUAACGGUCAAACGGUCAAGCUUCCCGCUGAUCAGAACAGUGACCAGAUACCUAGCCAUCUCAAACCAAUCAUCAGUAGCUUCUAUACAUGGAGACAGCAUUGCGUGGAUGUUGAAUCUGCUAUUGCUAGUCUUGAGUCCAGACAUGGCUAUGGACCUUUCUUCCCUCUGAUUCUCUCAAGAUUCAAGGAAUUAUUGAACCAGUGUAUUAAUCAUUGUGUAUAUUUGUUCAUGUAUUAUUAUUUUAUGCUUUAUAGGAAGCCAUUGCAAGAAUCCUACCAGCAAGGGAACAAAGUGACAGCAUCAAAAAACAUUAGAACCUCAGCAGCUACAUCUCAUACAACCCCUGCCACCACCGCCACCUCCACCAACACGGUGCCACCCUCUACCACUCCCCACCCUGGUGGCCCCACCCAGGCGUGUCCCCAGGGGUCUGUUACCUCCCCCAGUGUAAUGGCCGCACCCACAGCCUCUGUGUGUUCCUUUGAUGGUACUAUAUGCAGUGUGGCUAGGAGUGUACAGGGCAAGGAUAGGACUAGACACAGGAAAACAGACAAAGGUGGUAGUUCCAAAGAGGCUUGUAAAGUGACAUCCCAAGCCUCCUCCCAUCCUGAGGGUAAGGAUGGAGUACUUAAGAGCGUCUUUGUUCCAAACAUUGGAUGGGCAUCACAGAUGAGUUCUGGUGAGGUUAGAGUACAGUAUAACGAUGGUUCAAUGAUCCUAGUCCAUGCUACUACAUCUACCAUCAAAUACAUGGACUCACAGGGCAAAGGUCAAAGCUAUGGUAGAAAUGCAGUGUUACCCAGUCACAUCAGAGAGAAGCUUCUUCACAUGCCUCAUAUCAUCCAACUCUUUGUCAAUCAAAACAAACCAACAUGACAUCGGUGAUUGCAGCUAUGUUACCAUAGAGUAAUGAACUAGGUAUCAAUAAUAUCUCCUGCAUGUAUGCCAUUCAGCACUCCCAACACAAAGUCAGUGUGUUUCUACCGGAGACCCGGGAAGUAACAGUCUUGUCUACCAGGAAAGUAACCCCUAUGAGAAUGUUACCAAUCUGUUUCUACAGAAGUGCAGUUAACAGACUUCAGCUGACUUCAGCAGGUAUACUGGAUGCCUGGAAAGUGGGCAAUACAUGCAGUAAUGCAUUGUGUCAUGUGACCUAUAUGCUAAUAUUCAAAUAUGGAAAAGUUCUACAGAACUGAGAAGGAGAGCGCACCUGGGAAAGUCCACCUCUGGAGAUGGGAACGGCAUUCUGUUAGC